AAUGACACACCACAAGCUAAUAAUAACGCGUUCGGGGGACUCGGGAGCACUUCAGGGUGGGAGCUAGCACUCGUAAUGGAACCAAGCAACAUGAAUAAGCCUCGAGUAGCCGAAACAAAAAUGGCGGGUGGUUUCGACAAAUCAUUGCUCGAUAGCUUGUAUGAGGAUGACACGUCUCGCAGACAACUUCAGCUACACAGCGCAGGAUACAGCACGACGAGCUACAAGUACGAUUCGCUCGCUGUAUGGGAACCAUACCUUGCUAUAGGUGGGGUUAUGAGAAUGUACGUACAUUGGGUGUGUGAGUUGCAAAGUUUGAACAUAUUUAUAUGGAUUCCAUCACCAAAAUUCCGAUCGAUCAUGGCGAUGUCCCGAAUCCUCUCCUACUCCCUGCAUCGAUCCUCCCCUCUCUGCCCCCCGGCCGCCCUAACCAGCCACCGCCGCCACCGCUCGAGCAAGAGCCGUCGCAGCGCCCAGCUGGUCGAGGCGGUUGAGAUCGAUCAGUCUCAGGCAGAUUCUCCGGAGGCGGCCGCGGAGGUCAUCACCCUCGGCAUGAAGAAGCUUGAGGACGCCAUCCAUAGCAUCAUCGUGCGGCGAUCCGCGCCGGACUGGCUUCCCUUCCUCCCCGGAUCCUCGUACUGGGUCCCGCCCCGAUCCUCCUCCUUGCGCGGCGGCCGCGCCGACCAGAACCACCCUGCCAGGAGCCUGGUCGACGUCAUCGGGAAGCUGUCCGCUGCGAGGGCGAAAAGGAGCCAGGGAUUAUCGAUUGAUGUGUUGUCGGAGGAUGAGAAUAUGUCGUUUACUUCAGCCAAGGGCUGGCCGGCCUCUUCUUUUUAUAUCGAAGGGACUUCACCUGUACAUCCUAUCCCAGUUGUGGAAAUUGAAGCAAAAUAUCAAGAUGAUGACGAAAAAGAAAACAUAUCCAGCUCCGAAGAUGAUGAUGAUGACAAAGCAAAGUUUCAAUAAAAUCUGAAAUCUCUUCGGGACUUUUACCAUUGUACAUAUUGAGAGCGUGGCAUAAGGUAAGAGGAGAAUUUAGGAUGAUGAGUCACAGAGCAAGUAGAUGAAUGUUGGUGUACGUAUGCGUUGACUUUCUCGGGUUUUCAACUUCAUAUGCCAGUAAGAAUUGCGGUUCGGCCGCUAAUGCUUGCCUUAAAUAGAGGGGUUUGUGUAUUUGCAAUGUAUGAUGUUUCUUAGCCAACAGAUGUAGGUUCUUUUACUGAGUAUGUAAUAAAACUUACUAGCACAGCAGUUGCAUUAAAUGUAUGUUUAUGGGAGUAAUUAUGUUUAUCAUCCAACAUUUGGACAUGGUGUGUGUUUGUUGCACCUUCACUGGUUAUUUUUUAUUUUGGACAAAGGGUUCAUUUUGAUUUUGAAGAUUUAUUCCUCACUGGAUUUUAUUUUAUUUUAUUUUAUUAU